CGCGCGUUCCCCCGAGCGGCUGCCUCAGACAGUCUGGCACCAGCAUGUCACACGGAGCACUCGCUUGGCUUUUGCUCGUGGGCGCGGCACUGGGCUCGCCAUCGUGCCACAUCUCGAGCCGCAACACGACUGCUUCGGUGACUUGCGCAGAGUUCGGCAGCGCCGUGGACUUCGAGCACUUCAUCCAGCGGCCCUUGUCGCGGCCCACGCUCUCGUUCGUGCUGCGGGACAGUCGUCUAGAGCGGUUGCCCGCGGGCGCCUUUACGGAUGUCAGCGCCACUUCACUCGAGCUCAACAAUGUCACCGUGGAGACGUUCGAGUUUGCCGAGGAGGACAAUCCGUUCGCCGGACUCCGCUCCUCUGUGGAGAAUGUCACGUUCAGUGGUCACAGCAGCUUGCCUCCAUCAUGGGCCAUUCUGGCCGACAUGCAAAGUCUGCGUGCCUUGACCGUUGUCGAUGCGGCCGGACCACUCAACCUGACACGUGAUUUCGGCCUGCUGCCCAGCGGAAUGCGCCACGUGACCGUCGACUCUGCCCAUGUGGGAUACCUGGAUGACUUCUGGCUGGCGGCGCUCGCCAACCUUGAGAGCGUGGUGCUACGCAACACAGAUGUGUCCGAGCUCAAGCGCUCCAUUGUGGCCCGGCCCGCGGCGGUGCUUCGGAACCUUGACCUGUCCCGGAACCGUCUGACGACGCUGCCUGUCGACUUCGGCGAGGAGCUGCCAGCGCUUCGCGUGCUCGACCUGUCGCACAACCGAAUCACCAGCCUGCUCGACGUCAGCCUGCUGCCCCUGCAGGCCAGUGUCACGAGUGCUAGCCUCGAUGGGAACCCGCUCGUCUGUGACUGCCGGUUGCGGUUCCUGCUGAGCUUCCCGGACAUCUGGCGCCACGCGGAGUGUACUGAACCCGAAGCGCUGCGCAACACGUCGCUCAGCCAAGUGACGGAGCAGGACCUCCAGUGCGGGGCCGCCUGACGCUGCCUCGAGUCAGAGGGAACACACCUUGAGAAGUGAACGAAACGACGCAAGCGUCAAUGGUUGCUUAUUGCCUCUGGCAUCGUGUGGCCACAGGAUCUGCACGCAGCAACCUCAUAGAAGCAUCGCUGGCUUUCACGAAGAGCGCUGUUUUUUUUUUCCUUUUUUUUUGGUAAUGUUUUCACCUUAGUGCUCGGACGUUUGUUACAGUCAUCGUCUCAGAAAUCCGUUCUUCAUUUCUUUAAUCAAUACUCGCACCAGAAUUGAUUUUUUUAGAGAGAUGAUAAACCUAUUCGACGCAACAUAACGCAUAGCAUCGUCGACGGUGUUCGCUAGUCCUCGCUGGGAACUGUCUGUAUCGGCUCUACACGUAAUGUGCACAUAUGAUGGCAUCGUGAAAGUGCAGCCUUCAAGCAGACACCUUAGCCAGCCAGUUUGGAAUUACGAUAUUGUAUGGUUCGACCUAUGCAUGUGCCCAAAGGAAAUGAAAGGCCCACAGAGCGUGGUUAAAGCUUUCAUUAAUGAAAAGUGCAUGUUGUGUAGAACGCCGGUGAGCAGGCAGAAAACUUGCAUUCACAGUAGGCGCUGCAAAAUCUCACAACGUUUUCUAAACGCACAUCUCACACUUGUUUGAGCUGCAUAACAAGAUAGAAAACAACUUAAGCUUUGUACAUUUGGCACUGCGUUUAAAGGCACAUAGCGCUUCACAUGUUUACCUAUCCUAAUUGCUCAGUUUGUGAAAAAAGCUUAACUUACCUAACCAUGCCUUAUUACCACUUCGCGUACAUAGUAUUCAAAGUUAUUUGCAAUAAAUUAUGUCCUACAGAUGUCGACAGAUGUCCGAAACGGGACAUUCGAACGUCCCUGGGACAUACGUAAAAUGCUGUAGAUCAUUUCUGGAUGCCCAUGGGAUCGUCCCAUGCAUGCGAAUUGGCGUCCCUAGAAGCAUCGCGUGAGCGUCCAAUUGGGUCGUCCAAGAGAUGUUUAAAUAUAAAUAAUUCUUACUGCAUAAUCCCAAGUACGUCCUAAGGACAUUUUUGUCAGGAUGUAGGACGCUUCUGGGACGUUUUGUGUUAGCAAUCGUCCACAGGACGUCUGUGGGACAUUUGUUUGUGGAUUUAGUACAUCCACAGGACAUCCAUAUUGAACAUAAAUUAACAUAACAGCGACGUUCCUCAUGCCCUUGCAGUGCAGCAGGCCUACUGUAUUUACCCACAUAUCACUAACAAAGUAAGCUUAGCCUGGCUUUGUGUUGGCUUGUGGGGCAGGAUGAAAAUGAACUGCAUGGCUGUUGAAGAUCCAUCCCAGCGCUCCAAUAACGCGACCAAACAUUUUACAGCGUAAGCUGUUAUGGGCUCAUUCCAAUAGCCGUUUCGGUUCGCGAUGGUGUCCGGUGCCACCGCCGACGGCGUCCGGUGAACGUAACCGCUAUCGCUGGAAAUGCGAAAAAAGUACCCGGUUCCCGCCGGGAUCGAACCCGCGCCCGCGGCGUGGGAGCUAGAUACUCUACCACUGAGCCACGCAAGCGCUUGCUAUCGCGCGCCGGAAAAAAAAACCCUUUAAAGCAGGCGCAGAUGAUCCGAGCUUCCGCCAGUAUGGUGGUGCCAUCUAGUUAAGGUGCCUGCAAACGCAUCGAGCGCAGGCGCAGACGACGAGAUGCCAUUCAGACGAGGCGCGCAACCCAAAAAAAAAACGCAAUCCCCAGCCUCCGCCAGUUAAGAUGCCUGCAAACGCAGCGUGCCCGACAUGUAAGUUGCAUUUGUAAGGCUUGAUCGGUCUCAGGAGACGGCUGUGCACAGAGCAUUACAAGCCGCAGCUCGCCGUCGACGCCGGGCGGACAGUUCAGAUCGUUCUCGUCAAAACGAGGCGAAAAGACUGCCGCGAAGACCCUGUUGGAGAUACUCUUGAGCCGCUCCAUCAGCUUACGCUGUGACUGUGCUGCGUGUGCCGCGCAUGCCUGUGACUUUUUUUGUCAUGCAAAAACUGAAGUACCAGGAGGGAGGCCAGGAAUACAGCCCAAAGGGCAUCUCAAAGCAUGCUAAAAGAAGGCUGCAGUGCAGCUAAGCACUGCGCGCAUAAUUCCCUGCUACGGUAAACUACGGUAGACAUUACAUGGAACUUGUUAAAAUGCAUUAGAUCAAAACAUAUAGUAUAAACUAUAUACUAUUCAAGUAUUCAUGCAAGCUAUACUUUUCGUGCUAACAGGAAUAAAGCUACACAACUAA